AUGCCUGAGAGUGAUAUUUUAGAUAUAACUUCACAGUACGAAACGGAUUCUAAAAUUACGAAAAUUGAAUAUCAUUCAUACACACCGUAUACUACAUCAUUUAAUAAUAAUGAUGAAAUACGUAUAUCAAUCCAGCAAACGGAUGUCUACCCAUAUCUACACGAAAGCUUUAUUUUUUUGGAAGGAACAAUUACUGAUGCUACCAAAGUGAAACUAUCUAAUAACGGUUACUCUUACCUCUUCGAACAAAUACGAUUGGAAAUCAAUGGGAUAGAAGUAGAUAGCACACGUGUUCUUGGAAUCACCAGCUCGUUGAAAGGUUACUUAUCCGGUACGCCAGAUAACUACAAUUGUUAUGAAAAUGCUGGCUGGAAUUUUAAAAACGCAACGCAAUCGGAAAAUGAAAAAGGUGAAUUUAGUGCUUGCAUACCAUUGAAAUAUUGGUUAGGAUUGUUUGAAGACUAUAAAAGAAUAUUAGUGAAUUCUAGAUUGGAAUUAAUAUUAACCCGAAGUCAUAGUGAUUUAAAUGCUUUACAAGUUAAAAGUGGUGCAACUGCUACUGAAGGUAAAAUCACCUUAAAUAAAAUAGUCUGGAAGGUCCCACAUAUAACGGUCGACGAUGAAGAAAGGUUGAAAUUAUUGAAACUUAUAGAAAAAGAAAAAAGUCUAUUUAUCCCUUUUAGAUCUUUUGAAACUUUUGAAUAUCCUGAACUCGGAACCACUAAAAAAGUCGUAUGGAAUUUGAAAACUGCUUCAAAAUUAGAAAAACCGCGAUUUAUCAUAAUUGGAUUACAAAAAGGACGCAAAAAUUUGCUAACAAAAGAUUGUAGUAUAUUUGAUCAUUGUAAUUUAACAAACGUUAAAGUAUUUCUGAACUCUAUAGCUUAUCCAUACGAUAAUUUGAAUUUAGAUUUUACUAAAAAUAACUUCACCUUAUUAUAUAAUAUGUAUACAUCGUUUCAAGAAUCGUACUAUGAAAAAAGUAUUCGCAACCCGAUAUUGAGUCCUUCUACUUUUCUGACAAACGCUCCAAUUAUAGUUAUCGAUACUUCGAAACAAAACGAUUCAGCCACAGCCUCAGCAGUGGAUGUUCAAUUGGAAAUUGAAGCUUCAGAAUCGUUCACAGGUGUGACUGCUUACUGUUUCUUAAUUCAUGAUCGUAUUGUAGAAUAUGUACCUUUUACUAGAGAAGUAAGAAAACUUGUGUAA